CGCCGCAGGUGCCCCGUGCGGUCCCUCCUCCGUUCCCCCGCAAAGCUCAAUGAAUCCGCCUUCCUCCUAGCUGUAGCUUCCACGCAAAGCUAAAGGAUCGGCUUUUCUACCCCAUGGCGAGUCCCUCUCCUACACCAUGGCGAGUCCCUCGCCAUCGCUUUCCUCGAGCUCCCCUUCAUCGCCACGGCGAGCUCCUCCCUGCUGCAUCGGCUUGCGGACAAUCCUCCUUCCUUCUCCAUGGCGAGCUCCUCCCUGCUGCCCCCAUCCUUGUAUACCAUCGAGCAGGCCAUGGUGGCGGCCAGAUCCGUGCUUGCUUGUCAAGGUUCCACCUUGAAUCAUCACUCGCCAUGGAGCUCCGAUCAUACACGUGCCGCACCUCGACUGAAUCCCCGGAGGAUGAGCGCAUAUCACGCAGAUACAAUUUGCCUUUCACUGAAUCCUGAAGCAACAGACAUGGUGGAGGAGGGCAAGGUCCUCAUGGAGCUCUGGCUGCUGGCCUCGUACAACAUGGUGAAUCCUGAAGCAGCAGACAUGGUGUAGGAGGCCAAGGUCCUCAUGUGUGUGUGUGGUUGGUAGAAACCAAGAGAUUGCGCAUGAAAAACGACGGCUAUCAGAAGCAGAACCGGACAGACUGGGGCUUUUAAAUUAGCAAUUCUUUUGGGCAAAAUUAGUAGUCUAUGUUCAGACAGUUACUUCUGAAUUUGUACUCUUAACUGAAUUUUGCCGAGGAGUAUACUCUUAACUGAAUUUAGACAACUGCUAAAAAAGAUGUAAUCAACAAAAACUGGAGUAUUAUUCAUGUUUAUUCUAAUGUUACUGAUAUUUAGUCAAAAUUCAUCAUUGUCUUCACUUUUCUUCACUUGAACACUAAUUGGAACAUCCUCAAGCUCAUGUUCUUAUUCUUAUUCUGUAAUAUUAUUUACUCACUAAAUUUUCAUUCUUAUUCUUACUGUCAAAUUCAGAGUUUGGAGUAGUUGUUGUUGACUAAAGAUUAUGCACCCAAUGCCAAGAUUGACGAAGCAUCCCCCCUCGUUUUAUGUCACUACUACCCUGCUAAAUUGCUCGUCUCAGUUUCCACAGCAGCUUGUAGUUGCGGAGAUGGAAGACCUUGACCAGGUAAUCAAAUGAAUCCUUUCCCGUUUAAUUUUGGUACGGGUAGGCAUUGAUAUGUGUAAAUAAACUUGG